AUGAAGAUAUCAGUUUUAGAAAACGAAAACAAAAUUCUGAAAGAAAGACAAGACAACUUUAAUUCUUCAUCCACUUCACAACAACAAAAUUUGACCACAUCAGAAGACUUAAGAAAGCUGGAAAACAUCUUAACUUUUGAGAUAGAGCAGACAGUUAGAGACAGUGUAGAAAAAAUGAUGAAGAACAUGUCUGCCACCAUCACGGACAUGGAACUACGCGUCCAAUCCAGAAUAGCUUUUACAGCUGGAAUAUUAGGAGAGAACGGGCAAAAUAUUUAUAGCGGUACUGUAAAAUUCCCAAAAGUCAUAUACCAAGUGGGAGGAGGAUAUAACCCCAUAACUGGAGUAUUCACUGCCCCAAAAGCCGGGCUUUACCUCAUAUUCUGUACUAAUGUGGCAUAUAACCAUGGAAUAAUCUGGACACAAGUUACCAUUAAUGGAUCAGUUAAGGCCGGAGUCAUGGCUUAUGUUAGUGGAUCUGCUAAUACCUAUCAGUCAGCCUCCAACCUUGUGGUCCACCAGUUACAGGUGGGGGACAGAGUCUGGAUUCAAGUCCAUCAGGCACGGAUAUCAUCUUCUAUUUCCAAUUUGGAUAAGCGGCAGAAACAGAUGGAGAGCUAUGUCCAAACGCUGACAAAUUCACAGCAAAAUGACAUUACCAAAAUGAACGAUACUAUCAUCCAUCUCAAGAAUCGUGUUCAGUCCCGUGUAGCUUUUACAGCUGGAAUUGUAGGAGAGGUAAGCGGACAACAUAUAUAUACAGGCAUAGUUAAAUUCCCAACAAUCAUUUACCAGAUAGGAGGAGGAUACAACCCUACAACAGGAAUAUUUACUGCCCCAAAAGCUGGGCUCUAUCUUAUAUUCUGUACUACUGUGGCAUAUGACCAUGAAGCCUUCUGGACAAAAAUUAUGAUUAAAGAUUCAGUUAUGGCUGGAGUCAUGGCUUGGACAUCAUCAUCUUUUAAUGUACACCAAGCAGCCUCCAACCUUGUUGUCCACCAGUUACAUGUGGGAGACAGAGUCUGGAUAGAAGUGGAAUAUGGAAGUCAUAUUUACUCAUAUUUUCCAGACACAACAUUCUCUGUUGUCAUGAUUAGUGGCUUAGAAUAA